GUGCACAAAGCGACACGGACAAAUCAGUUAGUUUGAAUUUGUUUGCUUUAAAACUCCAGUCUUUUCAGAAGCUUUCUCUCCGUUUGUUUUUGCUGGCGAUGGAAUGCGACUGUUCAUUUACACGCUGUUUUGGUAGUCGCCUCGACGUCACAUAACUACCACGAACAACUAGACGCUCACGGAGAUGCGGGAAAAAAUUCUUGUCAAAUCUUCUAGGAUUUAUAUUUUCAAGGAGAAACUUCAAUGAAUUGAUCCUAACGUUAUCGUCAUAAUGGCUGCUUCUUAUCCUUCUUUCCAGCGAUUGAUCUCGUGUCUCGAGAAGAUACGAAGUCAACUGGACAACAAACAAGACGACUUCAUGUUCUUGAACAACUACUUCAACAGCCAGGAAUUUCAGACCCUUUUUAAGGUUCAUAGUGCAGUCACCAUAUCGGAAUCAAUCAAAACGGAGCCGGUUAACAGGAAUGCCUCAGAUCUUCUUCAAGAGCAGGUUUGUGAAGAGCUUGAUGAGCGUUGCGACGAAGAUGAGAACAAAGAUAUUAACGAACUGAAGAAUAUUCUGGACAGCCCUCAUUUCAAGGCUAUGUUCUUAGCACAUGAUCGAGUUGCUGCUGAUGACAUUCCCUCUAAAAACCCCGAAGAUUCGUCUCCAUACAUUCAUUCUACACCAGUAUUGAUGGAUGCUUAUGGUACAGGAGGGCCUGUCAAGUUUAUCACUUUGAUAAAGAGUGGAAAUGAUCCUUUAGGAGCCACAGUUUUACGUGAACCAGACACUGGUAAUAUCAUUGUCGCAAGAAUACUGCACGGAGGAGUUGUCGAUAGAAGUGGCACUUUGCACGUUGGUGACGUCAUCCAGGAGAUUAAUGGAACCAGUGUAAACGGGAGAAGCACUGAUGAAGUUGUAGACAUUAUGGAAAAAACUUCCGGUUCUGUGAUGUUCAAGGUUAUUCCAGCCAUGGAGGAUAGGAAGCAGCAGAACGGAAGUAAAAUUCGUCUGCGUGCCCUAUUCGAUUAUGAUCCAAUGAAAGAUKAUCUCAUCCCUUGUAAAGAGGCAGGGAUAGUCUUCAAGAAAGGUGAUGUUUUGCAAGUCGUCAGCAAGGAUGAUUCAAACUGGUGGCAGGCGGCAAAAGAAGAAGGAUCAUCUGGAGGAGCGAUUGGUUUAAUCCCCAGCAAACAGUUUCAAGAGAAGCGCGUGUUAUUUGACCGAAUGUUGAGUUCCGAGCAAGAGAACCUAAACCAAAAGAAUGGAAUUCGAUUCAUCAUGCAAUUGAAGAGAAGAAGAAGAAUGAAAAGAAAAAAUAAAAGAGACCCUGACAACAAUCUUGCAGAUUUAGAAGCUGAGAACAUCUUAACGUAUGAAGAGGUAGUUCAUUACAAGCCGACUAACAACAAGCAGCGACCCAUACUGCUGAUAGGUCCAAGAGGAGUUGGAAGAAAUGAAUUAAAGAAAAGACUGUUGGCAAGUGACCACGAAAAAUUUGCAGCAGCAGUGCCCCAUACGUCAAGAAAAAUGCGUGCCUACGAAACCGAUGGCAGAGAGUACUGCUUCGUAUCCAGGACAACCAUGGAAAACUACGAACAAAAUAACAAGUUCAUCGAGAUUGGUGAAUACAAGAAAUGUCUGUACGGACUGUCAAUAGACUCCAUCAAACGAGUCCUGAAGACAGGAAAAAUCUGCAUUCUAAAAGUACAGCCACAGGCAAUCAAGAUUCUCAGACAGAAAGAAUACAAGCCAUACAUCAUCUACAUCAAACCACCACCGUUAGAAAAACUGCGUUCAACCCGAGUAACGAUAAAGAAGGGUGAUAAGAAACAAGAUCUACGAACUUUUAAGGAAGACGAUCUGCAAGAUAUGAUCAAAUCCGGAGAAGCUAUGGAAAGGGAGUAUGGUCACUACUUCGACGAAACUAUUGUCAACGACGACCUUCAAGUAGCUUACUUCGAGCUGAACAAUGCAAUAGAACGAGUGACUCGAGAAGCCCUUUGGGUGCCAGCCGAAUGGCAGUGAUACUGCUGGCAUGCCAUGGGAAUCCCUUUUAGUGUCAGAAGAAGGCAACUUUUGAAAGAUCCAUGAUAACAACCCUUUAGUCGCAAAAUGACACUAAAAGACGAAAUUGCGCAUUAUUAUAUUUACGGUUCACAAGUCAAUUUGACAACAUAAAUUAGAUAAUUUAAUGGACAGUUCCACAACUUAGGAUAUUUCUCAAUUAGCGCGCGUGGGGUCGUCAUUUCAGCAUCUUUGUUUUGUGAUUCAAAAUUGCCGCGAAGUAAUCCAUUACUUUUAGAGGUAGGGAUUUGGCUUGGACUCAUCGAACAUCUUAGUGAAGAAGCCAUAACAACUGAAAAAGUCUUUUUGGUGCAAUUUACAGAAUGGCAAUCCAGGUGAUCUCGCCUCGAAGCGCGCAAAGGUUUAUUUGUCAAAGCGAACAGUUCCUAAUGACCCAGUCUCCUAUUUCAUAAUGUCACACGGUAAUCAAAAUGGCGGCUGGUGACUAAUUAAGACAACACCGAUUUCGCUUACUUUUGUUGAAUUUAUGCUUUGUUUUUAUUAAUUUGAACUGCUAACAGAGCAAGAGGAAGCUUUUCUGGUACAUGUAACAUAGAAUUUUUUAAAGUAAAGUUAUAUUUCAGGACGUAUUUUGAAAAGGUUAACUCGAAAUACGACUCCAUUUUGGAAUUCAUCAUGGAACUUUUGGCAAUGCAACACAAAUGCUUCUGAUUGGUUAAUAAUAACCGAGAGUGCGUGCGUAAGCUCACCUGGAUGAGAUUGCGCACCAAUAGAAACCUUCCUUUGUUGCCUCUCUUCAAGUCUUAGUCAACAAGCAAACUCCGCAUACAAAAAAUAGUUUUUCAGUUAGUUUUGUAAUAUAAGAAUACCCAUACACAGACAGAGUGAAGUCACUAAACCAGUGAAAUAGAUAUUCGACUAAGGUCAAACGUCGAACUUUACAUGAGCCGAACCUAACUGUUCGAAAUGAGUUCAUGUAAAGUCGACGUCGUUUGACCUGAAACUAAUACACAUUGGUAGAUUCUAAUUCCAUUGUUUCCUUUUCUAACCAUUUCAUUGUUACACGUUGACUGACAUUUUUUUAUUUCACGGGUUAAAUGUUUUCAUUGUACAUGCAUAUUACUCUAAAGCUUUUUAUAAAAGUACAAACAUAUAUAAGAAAUAAUAUGAUCUAACGAGAAGUAUAAGUACUUUUUACUUUUUUGUGUAAUUUAUUUCAAAUUAACAUUUUAUACCUGUUCACUACCAUUCAUAGCAAUACAUAGGUGUACAAAGACCACAGACCACAAAAACAUAGCCCGAGUAGCAUAGGCCCUGGGUGCGGCACGUGCUAUUACGGCAAACCAUAUCAUGAUAGAUUAAAGCUAACUUGCACAAAUUUCCAAGCACAAUUGUUGGCGCUGUUGCGCUUCGAUAGGCCUCAAGGAACUAAGUUAAAUUUGGCAAAUUUUGUUUGGAUUUUUCAAGAACAGUCCCUUUUACAGUUCCCUGCGUCAUCUUGAAAGGUAGUUUGCAUCGAAACGAGACGAACGGUGAGCUUGCAAUGAUAAAGACCUUUUUUUAACACCUUGGACAAUUAUUCACGAGCCUGGUUAUUACUUUCUUUCCUGCAUUACCAGCGUAAACCAUAUGUCACGAUUAGUAACAAUGACACUAUAGUAUCCACCAACAAAAAAAAAAAAAAAAAAAA